ACUCAUAUAUAAGGGCUACUUCGCCACCCCAUGAGCACCAGUGAGCAGCCUGACUUUGAAGACGAUACUACAACUGUAACAGAAGUACACUCGAGUCAAAUCUCCAUCGAACAUAAUAUAUUCAACAAUCAUGAAAUUCUACGUAGUUUUCGGUGUCUUGGCAGCUUUGGCUUUGAACGCUCUCGCCGAUGAAACCAAAGACAGCAUCCCGGCAACAGUCUCGUCUGCCAUCGAUCGGGCUACAGCCGUUACAAAAGCUACCAUUUCAAGCGAUAGUAAUGAAAACUGGUCAUUAAUCCCAAACAGCUAUGGUGCGGUUCUCGCAGCUGGCGGUGCGGUUGUUAUUGGAGUCGUCGUGUUGCUGGCUAUCUCGGCGAUCGUCAGCCCGUUGUUCGGCUACAAACUUUGCCAGAUAUUCAGCACCUGUGAUGUCCCACCAGCAGCAACAGGGUACAGCGCAGACGCUUACCAAUCGUUCCCGCCGACUUACAACAAGAGAUCCAUCGAGUACGUCAAACCGAUCUUGCAAGUUUUGAACUCGGCCUAUGAAAAGUACGGGCAAGGCGCUAUCCCAGCGGGUUUGGCCAACACGAUGAGAAACGUCAACGCACAACAAUAAUUGACUCAAAUCGACAUCGCCCCACCUAGUUAUUAAUUAUGUUUCCGGAAGAAUUUUAAUAUUUAACUCGACAAUUGUCCACGACAACGGUUUAUCGUAUAAUGUAUAAUGUUUGCGUGUAAUAAUUCAUAAUCACUGUAUUAUUUAUAGUUGUAAAAUAUAUUAUACUUGUAUCGUAUUUAACCGACAUGUCGUACAUCACAAACAAUAAUAUAAUUAUAUUCAAUAAUAUAUAAUAAAAACAAUACAUAAUAUAUAAAAAAAUAAAACAAA